AUGUCUUCCUUCGUGAGAUCGAGUCUCCGACUAUCGUGCCAUUCGGAAUCUAAACCACUUCAUUCGAGGACCGCGUCGAUCCAAUGGGUUCGACAUAUGGCUUCGGAGACUUCGCAAGGAAAGAAAGCACCCCAAGUGAAAAAGACGGUACCCGUUUCGACUAUUCCAGCAGGCUCGCCCAUCAAAGGUCUAGCUUACAUCAAAGGAGAAAGUGAUCCGAUCGCCAAAGCGGAUGAGGAAUACCCGAGCUGGCUAUGGACCUUAUUGGAGCCAAAUAUGGGCGCUGGAAAUACAGAUACACCAUUACGUGCCAUCCGAAGAGAACUCAAUCGAGAAAACCGAAAUAAUAUCAGGAAGUCAAACUUUUUGAAGUCUAAAAAAUGA